AUGGGCACGGGGCGCAUCGGCGAGCGCACGCCCUGCGUGGCGGCCCUCGACCUGCGCAGCCGCUGGUGGCGCCGCAUAGAGACCACCGGCCCCACGCCCGCCUGCAUCGGCGACACCUUCACCUACUUCGACGCGGAGCCCUACGGCGACGUGCUGGUGGCGGCGUCGCAGGACGGCAUCUACUCGUUCAGCUUCUCCGAGUCGCGCUGGAAGGAACUGUACAGGGCGCCGCUGCCAUCCAACCUGUGGAGCAACUACCACGCCACGCUGAGGGGACAGGAGCUGUACUUGUUUGGAUGGAGCGACGCUUUCCUUGCCUAUAGAGACUCUGACGAGCCAGAGCCGUCGCCCUCAUCGCUGCACAUGCACAAAUUCAAUCUGCACACGGGCGUUUGGAGCAACGUCGUCUACUUUGGGACGCCCCCAAGCCCCAGGGAGCGCUCCACCGCCUGCCAGAUCGACGACAAGUGGGUCGUCCACGGCGGCAUCUCCGGCGUCCUGACCUCCGACUCCCUCAGCGACACCUACGUCUUCAACUUCACCAGCCGCGUCUGGGACAGGGUGGCCUGCGGCCGCCACAGGCCCAGCCCCAGGGGCAACCACGCGGCGGCGCGCAUGGGCAAACACCACAUCGCCCACGUGGGCGGCAGGGUGAACUGGCACGGCCAGAAUCGUGCGCUCAGCACGCCGUGCGUGGCGGUGGAGUGCCUGCGGCUCGUGACGCCGUCGGAGGACGCGAUGCCGUCGGUGGGGGCGGACGAGGACCUGGGGGCGCUCAUGGUGAUGAGCGACACCCAGACCACCUCCCUGCUCCAUCCGCUGCGCCGCAAACUGUUCAAGAGCCGCCACCUGAGCGACGUCGAGCUGGUAGUGGAGGGCCUCGCGCUUCCCUGCCACCGCCUCGUCCUCGCGGAGGCCUCCGCGGUCUUCAGGGGCAUGUGGGCCAGCGACAUGGCGGACAGCCACUCUGAGAGGGUGGAGCUGUCGGGUGUGCGGGCUGACGUCAUGGAGGUGCUGCUGCGGUACAUGUACUGCUGCCUGGAGGAGGUGCCCGCGGAGAUGGCGGUUGAGGUGUUCCAGGCGGCGGAUCGAUUCGGGCCGACAUCGACGCCCACAACCUGGUCCAGUACUGGCUGCUGGGCGAGGCGCACGGCAGCGCCGAGCUGUGCUUCGGGUGCUCGGAGUUCGCGGCAGAGCACAUGCCGGAGAUGGCUGCCAGCCCGCAGCUGCGCGCCCUCCAAGACACCCACCCCGCCUCCUCGGGCGCCCUCAUGA